UUCCAUUCAGGCCCUCUUCUGCUGCCAGAAAAGUCCUGCUUCCAGCUGCACAAUCAGUAUUAUCACUAUGUGCUAUUUUUGGCUCCUGAGUACAUCUCAGUAGCGUCAUCCUUCCCACGCCAGCCCUGGUACCAAGGACACAAACUCUUCCUUCCACUCCCUCGUCCUCCGUUGCCUCUCCCGCCUGCGCGGUGCCGCUGCCGGCUCCGUCCCCACUGCAGAGGGGUCUCCGGACGCUUUUCCCUGCUCCUUCUCAUCUUCCCAGGCAACAGGCUUUCCAUCCAAAGCUUCAUGUGGGAGGCUUCAUGUUGUCAUCCAGAGUACAUGUCCCAAAUAUGUCCAGCCUCACUUUCUGACCCUAGUGCCAAAGAGCUGCGGACAGAUGACAGUAGCUAUCCUCCUUCCAUACUGAGAAAAAGGCCACCUGUCGACCAAGCUGUGGGGGAAAAGCGGAGAGCAGAGAGAAGGGUUCGAUUUCGUGAGCCAGAAGAAGUCAUUGAACAUGUCAUUUCCUGCUGUGACUACGUAGUGGCAGAUGACAGGACAUCAUCUGGAUUGCCUGUGCUCCUGUGGCUCUCAUUUUGUGCAGUGCUGAUCCUUGCCGUGAGUCUCUACUACACCAGCAUGAAGCAAGAUGUCAAAGUCCUGGAGGAAUUUCAAUCCCGACUUGUCAUCUUCUUUCUUCAUAUAAGACAUGUUGCUCAGAGGUGCUGGACUUGGUUUAUGAGGCAGUAG